GCAAACGAGGGCGAUUACUACAGUUUUAACGACAGCGCUCCUGGAAUUAAGAUUUCUGAAUUAUGGAGUUACGUCAGAGAAAAAAUGAAGAAUAAUAGAAAACAUCUUUAUGACGAGUUUGCGACACUACCGACUGGCCUUGUCCAUAAACAUGAAGUCGCAUCUCAGGAAAGGUACAAGGGCAAAAACCGAUACAAGGAAAUGUAUGCAUACGACCAUUCACGUGUACCACUUCAAAAGGCAAAACCAGACGAUCCAGAUUAUAUCAAUGCUUGUUUCAUCAAUGGUUAUGAGAAAGUAAAUAAAUUCAUCGCAUCACAAGGUCCUAUGAAGAACAUGAUUGAUGAAUUUUGGCAGAUGGUUUGGCAACAAAAGUCUGACAAAAUUGUGAUGUUGACAAAUCUCAUAGAAAUGGCUUCGGUAUUUUGCAUACAAUACUGGCCAGAGAAAGGUGAAAGUUGUUCAUACGGUGGCAUUGACAUAUCAUACAUCAAUACGAAAGAAUUCAACGACUACAAUAUACGCACAUGGGAAGCCCCUGAAAGUAAACCACGACGAAUACGCCAAUUCCAUUUCAAAGCAUGGCCUGACAUGGACGUUCCAGACAGUGCUUGGUGUCUUGUCAACUUCUGGACAGCUGUUGACACUAACAAUUCAGCGUAUGGAUCACCAAUUGUAGUGCACUGCAGUGCUGGAGUCGGUCGGACGGGAACAUUUAUCGCCCUUGACAACCUGAUACACCAGGCAAAAGCAGAGAAGUCUAUUCGCCCUCUACAAAUGGUACAGACACUGCGCAGGCAGAGGGUGAACAUGGUUCAGACAAAGGAACAAUAUGUGUACCUUCACGAGGCUGUAGCAGAGGCUUUACUGAUCGGCACACAUCACGUCUACUCCAAGCAGUUUGAUAGUUUCUACAAGCACAUGGUCACAAAAGAACCCGGGUCGCCAAGGACGAGAGUUGAAGAACAGUUCGACCUGAUUAAAAAUGGAAUCAAAGAAGAGACGGUACAGGAAAGUGGUCAUGAAUAUGGAAACAUGGAAUCCCUGCACUCUGAAAUAGAUGCCUAUCGCCCUAAACUGAAAAACAGAGGAUCUAACAUUGGCCAACGACUUGGAACUAUUUUCUUACCGAACUACGCGAAUACAAACACGUUCCUGAUGGGCAUGUCGCCGACAGAAAAUACGCUGGAAGAAUUUUGGUCCUUGAUUGAGGAACAACACAUCACCACCGUAAUUAUGCUGACGGCGCAGUCAAAUGUCGCAUACAAGACUUGUCAAUACCUUGGAAGCAGUGACGGAAGACAAAUCGGCAAGUUUAAAGUCAACUGUAUCCAUGAAAAACAGAAUAAAUCUUUCCAAGAGAAGUGCUUUUCAUUCAAGGACGUUAACCAUGAGGAUGAGGAUUAUCUAAUGUCAAUCCGCCAGUUUGAGUUUUUGGCCUGGCGGGAUGGCGAGGACACGCCCAUGGCGGUCCAACCCAUGUUGGACAUUUUGGAGGCAGUCAACAGGUGGCAGCCUCAGCUCGACGUGACUAGACCAAUCCUCAUAUAUUGCGGAUCAGGAUAUCGUCGCAGUGGGGUUGUAGCUGUACUUCUGAAUGAAGUUCAUCGGGUUCAAGACAACAAGGGCCAGAUAAACAUCGUCGACAGCGUGAAGACCAUGAAACAACGCAAUAAAGAUAUUGUGCAGAACCCGGCACAACUUCGAUACAUCUACGACGUCAUGCAAGAAUAUGUCAAACAGAUGGAUGUUUAUCAAAAUUUGUAG